AUGUCGACAAGGUCCUCACAGGGUGAUUAUCCUAAAUCCGACGCGUUCUCCAGGGCUACGAAGCUCGAGGUUAAAAGACUCGCGGGAGGUGGAUGUUGGGCAUGUCGUGCUUCAACAACCCAGGUCUGCCAAGUGUUUGGAAAGGAGGAUCCACAGAUGCCACUAUGGUACGAUGCUAAUCUCAUUAAUUUCGAUCUAACUUCGGUCGAUAAUGGGAUUGCACUUUGCCCUACCUGCCACGCCGAGUUUGACCAGACAGCUGAUCCCGGAUUUGGUUUGUUACCCACGGACCUGCAGUACUUUGUUGAUGUUGAACUUGAUGGGCGUCAAGAGCAGAAGCUUGCAAUGAAAAAUGGGAAAGAUAUUCAUCGAAAAGUCCCUACAGCUGAAGAGUACAAGAUUCAUCAGUCUAACAACGGAAAGGUCCCUACCGAUGCGGGCGGAGGAUUGUACCGACCGAUUUUUCUAAAGAACUACCUACCUGGCGGCGAUCUUUCCUCUCAUAUGUUAGAUACCCUCUCAGCUCCGAAACAAUGGCACGGCGCGCCGGUAGCAACACUCCGACGCGGAAUACUGGUGCUGGGAGGUGCUCGAGUACAAUCUCUAGAUGCAGAAACUCGCUCACAACUUGAAUUGCUUCGGGAUUUGUACUUUCUUGAUGAUGAAGAGACCUCCCCAGCAGUCCGCAGCAGGCAGACACAGGGGGUGGCUCAACAGGGACAGAAGAGGCCCCUAGAUAAUGAAUAUGGCGGUCAAAACAAGUUGUCAAAGUCCAGCAAUCCAGCGAUUGAGUCGGGAAACAGGCGUGCGGCGGAUGAAGGCAUCACUCUCCAGCAAUGUCCCUGUGGUGCUCUUAACGUCCCCCGCAGAUGGACAUUGGGACCCGGCCUCACAGCGGAUGAGGCAGUAUUACGUUAUGCACCACUGCUCAAAGACAUGCAAUCUAAGGAGUAA